AUGAAAGGAGGUGGUUUCAAGGUGAGACCCACAACUCGUUGUAACUCUGCCAUAAGGAGGCCAGCCUAAGAAUUAGCCAUCUUGGAUCUGUAUUAACAAACAACCAUCAAUCCAGUUCCCUAACUUAUUUUAACACCAACUUAAAGAAGUCUCAGACCUAGGCCUAAAACUGGCAUGAGGGUUACAGAUUAAUAUUGCACAGUGGCUAACCAAGAAAAUAAGACAGAACAUUUCCUCAGACAUAAGACUGCUCAAGGCUCUUACAGAACAACCAAAUAAUCAACGAAAAUUUAAUUGGAAACCUUAGCAGAUGGCUUACUAAAAAAAACUAGCAUCACAUAAUUAGAUACUGAUGUUCCAUAAUAAUGUGAACAGAAAUUGAAAACUCAACCUAUAGAUCUUUUCAAGAUCUCACGUUCUAGUUCUCAAUAACAAGUGAAUGCCAAUACCGUAUUGCAUCAACAAAUUUCUAAUUUAGAUAGAUACUUAAUUUUGACUACUCUUGGGUAAGGUUCCUAUGCAACCGUUAAAUUAGCAAGAGAUAAAUUGACAGAAAAACUAAUUGCAAUCAAGAUUUAUUCCAAAGCUAAAUUAUGCAACUAACAAAGGAAAUAAUAAUUGAAAAGAGAAAUCCACAUUCUCAAAUUAUUGGACCAUUCAAAUAUCAUCAAGUAUGUCAAUACAAUCGAAACCCAAAUGGAUAUCAAUCUAAUCGUUGAAUACGGUGGUUCCAAGAGUUUGCGAUCUUAUUUAAAACAAUUUCCCAAUAGAAGACUUGAUGAAGAAGAUGCAAAACUACUAUUUAGAUAAAUUGUAAAAGCUGUAGAUUAUUGUCAUUCUUUGAAUAUUGUACAUAGAGAUAUUAAACUUGAAAAUAUACUCCUAAAAGAUAACAAUGAGAUUAAAUUGAUUGAUUUUGGAUUCUCAGUCUUAGUUAAUAGAGAUUGCAAAUUAGGAGUAUUUUGCGGAACUCCUAGUUACAUGGCUCCAGAAUUAGUCAAUAAAUAGGAUUACUUUGGUAAACCUGUUGAUGUCUGGGCCUUGGGGGUUCUGCUGUAUGUUUUAUUGACAGGUCAUUUUCCAUUUAAAGGGUCCAAUGAUUCUGAUCUAUAUGGAUAAAUUAAAAAAGGAAUAUACCAAAAGGUUAAUGCAUCCCCUCAAUGUCAAAAGUUAAUUUCAUAAAUGUUAACCAUCAGGGCGAGCGAGAGAAUCACAACUUUAAGAGUAUAAAAAAAAUAAAAUUAUAGAUCUUGUAAGACAGAUGGUUCAAUUCUUGAUUUUAAUUAAUUUAUGUAAUAUAAAAUUCGUCUGCAGGUUGCUAAGGGUCUCUAAGAAACCUAUGGAUCAAAAUAAUCACAAUCAAGUUAAUUACCUGAUAAUCAAGUUCAAUCCUCAUAGGCAUCUUCUUCUGCUUUUAAAACAUCGAUUCCUUAAUUUUCUAAAGAAGAAAUUGAGAAGCAUGAUCAGACCUUGAAGGAGCAAACUUAAAUAUACAACGAGAGGAAAAAGAGGAAUGGAUAGAAAUUUUAGCGUUUGACUAAGGAAUAGUAAUUGUAAUUGGUAAAGCUCAUUAAGAGUGAUCCUCAAUUUUAAAAUCAAUUGGCUGAAGCCAUAAUUAAGCACACUGAAAUUGCGUAAUUCAUAAAGAAGGCCAAUACACUUAAGGUGAUGAAGUCAUUAAAUAAAACAGUAAUUGAAUUUAAAACAAAUAUGACAAAUAAAAUAUAAGCCAUAUUUCUAAAUCAUCAAAAUUAAACUUACAAUAAGCUUAAAUACUUAUUAAAAGAAAAGGAGAUGCUCAUGAUUAAAGUAUUGGAAUAAAAACUAUCAACAUAUGUUGAAAUCAAACAAAAUUUCAAGGAGGCUUUAUUAGCAUAGUUGAAAAAAGUAUUAAAAAUGCAAAUAGAGGAAAAUUGUAGGAAAUAUGCUAAGACUUUGUCAUCAUAAUUAUAGCUGAUGUAUGAGGGAAUCGCAUAGAUAAUUGGACAACACGUUGAGCUUAAUAAGGAUAGUAGAUUUGAAUAAGAAUUAUGUCUGCAAAUUUAGAAAGUCAAAGAUUACUUUGCCACUAGUGAAUAAUAAUACAUUAAACGCCUGUAAACAGAUAUGAACGAUCAUUAUAUAAAUACAAUAUAGACUAUCAUUUAGGUUUAGCAAAAACUUAAAUUAAAUUGA